UGAGUCCUUCACUGGCAGUCACUAUUAAAAAAAAUUUAAAAAGCCAUCUUUGCAUUGUUCCCCGCACCAGCCUUUUCUUUCCCCUCUCCCAGUACCAGGGAUUUACCUGUUUUUUUUUUCUUUUUUAUUAAAUACAAAUAAGUUUCUAUUUUUUACAUUUAACCAUGUCAGACACAGCUGUGGACGCAAGUGUGGAGAAGACCACCAAGGACUUGAAAACAAAAGAUAAGGAAAUCUUAGAAGAAACAGAAAAUGGAAAGGAGAAGCCAGCCAAUGGGAACGCAGAAAAUGAAGAGAAUGGAGAACAAGAGGGUGACAAUGAGGAAGAUGAAGAAGUUGAUGAAGAAGAUGAGGAGGAUGAAGUAGAAGGGGAUGAUGAUGAGGGUGAUGAAGAUGAUGAAGUAGAAGGACCCACAGGAAAAAGAGUGGCAGAAGAUGAUGAGGAUGAUGACGACGUUGAAACAAAGAAGCAGAAAACAGAUGAAGAUGACUAGAGUGGGGGUACACCCUCCUCUCUCCAACAAUAAAAAUAAAAAUCUAUAUAUGACCCUUCUCCACCGCCUCCCCACAAUCCCCCCAUUACUUAAAACAGUCACUGAAAGUGGCUUGUCCGUCCCACCCCUUCAUUCAGGCUCCUCUGGCCCCCUCCUCCGUCCGUACACAAGACAACCUCUGAGGUGUCAGUCACUGUGUUAUUGGGGCGUUGUUUUUUAAUUUUUUUUUCUUUAUUUUUUUUUUCCGACUCUACCCUUUGCCUACUCUCUCUAGCAGAAUGAGUUAACCCCCUUCACUGCCAGUGCAGGGUGCAGUCAUUUGCUGUCCUCUUCGGUCUUAAAUACUAAGGGGUGAAUUACUUGUGAGAUUCACAGGAAAGGGGGCUAUUUUGUCUUUCCUUUUUAAUGUACUUAACUGGGAAACAAAAAUGCCCUUGGAAAAGGGGGUCCUAUGUUUGUAUUUUUUAUUUACAUUUUAUAUUUUUGUACAUAUUGGUAUACAACUGUCCUUUUUUUCUGUACCAGGGAUCUGGCUGACAGGGUGUGGGGCUUUUAAAUUAAAUUUUUCCCCUUUUGGUAAAAUUUGUUCCUGUAGAUUUCUGCAAAUAAAACCUGGAUGUAUUUUGUUCUUUCUGUGGGAGGGGUGGGAGGGGUUGGAGUUAGACAGGGCUGUCUCUUCUCCAUGGGGAAACAAAUGGAGAAAUCUUUACAAAAAAAAUUAAAUAAAAAGUUGUUACAAAAAAACCUAAAUAAAUAAGACAAAAUUCCCAAUAUAAGAGAAAUAUUCUGAUCAUUCCAGUAACUUUUUUUUUUUUUUUAAUUUUGUUUUUAUUUGAAAUUUUUUUUUUUUUUUUGGAACAUAUUUUUAGAUGUACUUUAGGUGGGUUUGGAUGAGAAUAAUGGCCAAAUAUUUUUUUUUUUUUUGUUCUGUCUCUGAAGUUGCUGUUUAUUUUGUCAUUCCUUGGCCUGGCUGGAUGUGUGUGGCAGUAUUGUCAAUAAAACUGCAAUUUUAAUUUGCAGGCUUUCCUUUUGUUCUAA